AAAACAAGUGAAAGCUUACAAGUGAGUGAGUGUGUUUUUGACUGACAGACAAAAGAGAGAGAAAAUGGCAUCCAUUGAAUCAAGCAAGAAAGUGAUGGUAGCCAUUGAUGAAGCAGAAGCAAGUUAUCACACCUUCAUGUGGGUAAUCAAGAAUCUCCACGAAUCCAUCACCAAUUCCGGAAACCCACUUCUUAUCUUCUUCGCCCAACCCUCCGCCGCCACCAACAAUGUCUUCGCCGCCUCUCUCGGCGGCGCUCGUAUCUACAGUCCUCUCUCUUCAACUCACGAUUGUAACAAUUCUGUGGACGAAAAGAACAAGAUAGUCGCUACCAAGAUCUUGGAGAAGGCUAAGAUUAUCUGUGAUGAAUAUAAGAUAAGUGCAGAAACAAUUGUGGGUGUCGGAGAUCCUAAGGAGGCUAUAUGCGAAGCUGUUAAAAAAAACGACAUCACUUUACUUGUUAUAGCUGGUGAAGAACAAGGAGCAGUCAAAAGGGUUUUGACGUGGAGUGUGAGUAACUAUUGUGUGCAGUAUGCAAAUUGCAAUGUGCUCGUCGUCAAGAAGCCAUAAUAAUAAUAAUAAUCAUGGAUCAUGCAUGGAUCAGAUUCUAGUAAGUAGUAAUAAUUGUUUGUUGUUUGUUGUUUGUAUUAUUAAUAUGUAAUUUGUUUUGGGUGGUAUUAGAAUCUGGAAUGUCUUUGAGAAAAAUCAAACAAUAAUGUACUAUUUUUAUUAUAUAA